AUGCCUCCUGACGAGGCCGUCGCCGGCACUGAUAAUCGCGGGCCCUCGCAUUACCUCUCUCUGAGAUCCCGCCGUUCCAAUCGCUACCUGGCCGAUGCCACCAAGCAACCAGCCCAAGCCGAGCCGCCUCUACCACUGAACCAGCAUGCGCCACAACAGCUACUGCAGCUACCUCACCACACGCUCGCGCCCAAGUCCUCCAAGCGAAGUCUUCGACACAUCUUUAGCCGCUCAAAACUCGUCAAGGACAAGCCCGAUCAGCAGACUGCUGCACACCGUCUCCGUCAAUCUGAUCUGCGUUUCGUAGAAACCGCCGCAUCGGACAAUCGCAGCGCCUCAAACGUACACAUACCUCUUCCCGAAUCCGACGACCUGUCUGCUUCGGCUAAGCGCGCUUCGUCCGUCCCGAGAGCCCGAUCACUUCGUCGCCAAAGCCACGCCUUGCCGCCUGUAAUGCCUGGCCGCAAGGCUUCUCUCCAGGACAAUGCAUCCCACGAGUCGCUCGCUGCUUGGGAGAUGCCGCAGCUCUUCAAGGCGUUCCCGCAAACUAUUCGUCAGGCGACCCUGCCUGCAGUUACCAUGUCCACGGAAAUGGUUUUGCGGCUUCACGAGAAGAAUAUUUCUGCCGCUUCAGCAGCUGAACAGCUAAGCGCGGAGGAACGCGCCUCCAAAGAAAAGACCAAGAAGAAGCAUGGAAAGAACAUGUCCUUGUCAAACUUGCAAUGGACAUCUAAGAUCUAUCUCUUGACCACAUCGGGGCAUCUACUGCAGUAUUCCGGCGCGGGCAACUAUGAUCGCUUGCCAGAAAAAGUCCUCAAGCUAAGCCAUACUUCUGCAGCCUUUGUUACAGACUCGAUUCCUGGCCAGCACUGGGUUCUGCAAGUCUCAUCCGAGCCAGAGGCUGCCAUCCCGGCGAAUGAACCGAGAUCAAUUCUCUCCAAGCUGUCCAUCCUCGCGGGAGAAAAGCGCGAAACGACCAACAUCUUAAUGGUGUUCGAGAGCCCCAGUGAUCUAGACAGCUGGAUGGCUACCCUGCGCGGUGAAAUUGAAAAGCUUGGCGGACGGCGCAAGCUGUCGGAAACCGGCGUACUUGAACGUCCUGCAGCCCCAAAGCUGGAGCCCAGAGCUAUGGUCGUGCGGGACUCCAGGCGCUUCUCCCAGAGCCCUAGUCGUCGACCAGCAAGUAACGGCGAUGACGAACUUACCCUCAGAGUGAGCGACUUUCAGCAUAGCCGGGACCAGAGCUUGGACGAAAUCUCGACAACAAACAGCAUUGUAUCGCAGGACGGUAGACAACUCGACAACUUGCGAGACAGCAAUGGAAACCGUCUUUCCUUUGCGUCGGCCGAUAGAAGGACUGCUCUAACUUCCGCUGCAUCCUCACCAGAGCGCUCCCCUAUUGUCGAUAUAUUCCCCCGCGAUUCAUCCGAAACCUGCGAAUCUCAUGAGUAUAGUCAUAGCUCAAAAAAGGCUGAUGCAAAACUUCGACCCAAUGCCUCCGUCAUAGCCAACAGGCGCUCUACCAUGCAGGCCGCUGGACUGUUCAUUGAAGUUAAAGCCAACAUUCGCAACUCACAAUCUGAAGAGGACCCCUUUUCCUACAAAACAAGCGAGGCACCCGAGUCGCCAACGGGCCUUGUUGCCCCCAAUUUUAGUGUACCGCAGUCGUCAGCCCGUCGGUUUUCUCACAUGCGCAAUACCUCUUCUAACUCGCAAUCUCCGCCUUCCCCAAAUGCCGCCUGUUUUGCAUCGCGUCUCGCUCGGUCCAAGCCACCUCCCGUGCUGCGAUCAUCGCGACCUCUUUCCAUGGUUGCUGACCACCAAGCACCCAGAGCUGAGCUGCCCGCCCGGCCACCUACUGCCGACGGCACCCACCACAGGCUGUCUCCCGUCAAGGAGCAGGUCAGAGAACAGCGCCAGCGUUUCUCGAGGCGACACAGCCCGCGCAGCUCCGCAGACGGCAAGUCCGACAUGAGCUCUCCGCGCUCUAGCUUGGCCAUCAGCGACCGCAUUACGUCCCCCACUUCAAGUUAUCGCAUAAGCCCCCGACGAAGCCGACCCCCGGUUGCCGGUCUGCGCAAGAACAGUUUCGAGUCAGAUAUGCGCGCCGUGCGCUCCACAAAACAACUUUCCUCCAUGCCCCAAGAACAGGGGAAUGCGCAGGUUUUCGCCUGGACCAGGGGUAUCGCACGCCGUCAAUCCACCGUGGGCUCAUUUUCCUCCGAGCCGUGCACAUCGCAGAAAGAGACGAGACGAGCGAGCAUCAACACCGGCUCUACGCCUAUCGGACACCGCCGCCACUCGUCAGAUGAGAUGCGAGUGGCUUCGGUUCUACCGCCUAUGCCACCGCCACCGUCUGGUCCCUUGCCUGCGUUGCCAGGGUCUUCUUCUAGCCCGAAGACAGAGAAGAGCCGAGCUCUACUGAACCGUCGAAGCAUGCCACAGAUGAUGCCCCCCCCUCUCCCACCACCACUGCGGGAGCUUCCUCCCCUUCCACCAAUUGCAUCCGUGCGGGUGUAA